UGUUCCAAAAUCUCCCUAUUCUCAAUGCUACUCCCCUAAACAAAACAAUCCAUAACCAAAUCAAAAUCACAUUUUUCAUCAUAUAAAAAUUCUUAAUCUCAUCCUCUCUUUUCAUUACAUUCUCCCAAUAAAUAACUAAAACCAAAACCAAAAUCUCAAACCUUGUUGCAAAAAUGAACAUGUUAGGCCUAAGAGACUUAGUUCUCAUAGCUCAAACUCCUUCAUCACUUCACAACCAACAAAACCAAACCAUUUCAUCAGAUCACAAUCCAAAUCUUCCCUUACCUUCAUCAUCAGCCUUAAGUGUUGGUCUUGGAAUUUUCCCACUCCUUACCACAACUCACCCUCAUCAUCAAAACCCUAACAAUAACAAUAACAAUGAUAAUAUUCAUCAAGACUCAAAUUUUUGGAACCUCAAGAUGUGUCAACCACAACAAGUAAUGAUGAUGAAUUCAUCAAGAAAAAGAGUUGAAGAAGAAGAUGAUGAUGUAAGAAACAAAAACUUGAUGAUGGGGUGUGAGGAAAAUGGUGAGUUUAGGGUUUGUCAAGAUUGUGGAAAUAGAGCUAAGAAAGAUUGUAGCUAUAAAAGAUGUAGGACUUGUUGUAAAGGUCGUGGAUUUGAUUGUAGUACUCACGUGAAGAGCACGUGGAUACCGGCUUCGAUGCGGCGUGACCGGAGUAUGGUGGUGGCUGAAGGUGGUGACAGUGAUGGUGGUGCUUCUUCUGGUACUAAGAGGCAGAAAAUUUUGAUGACUUCAUCACAGAAUAAUGUUGCCGCUAACUCUCAUAGUUCUAGUUCUAAUGCUGCCACUAGAACAAGAAGUUUAAGCUUAGAUAUAACUAGCUCUUGUCACCAAGAUCCUGGUUUCAAGCAGACUUUGCCGCGCUAUGUUCGCGCGCCUGCUGUUUUCAAGUGCCAUAGAGUUUCUGCUAUUGGCAAUGGUGAAGAUGAACUUGCUUACUUGGCCACUGUGAAUAUUAGUGGCCAUGUAUUUAAAGGGUUUCUCUAUGAUCAAGGAGUUGAUGACAAAAAUGAAACAAUGCCUUGUGUUUCAGAAUUGCAACUUGGAAGUAAUGGAAGUGGAAAGAGUAAUAGAGAAUGUUCUUCUUCUGCUAUUGAGGUUCCAACUAGUGCUUACCCUGCUUCUGCUUGUUGAGAUUGUUUUAUGGUAGUUCUUUCUCUGGCUAUGCAUGGAAAUCCGAUAGUACUUGUGUUAUUAUGUAAAUUCUCUACUAUAAUAAAUUGAAGUUCAAUUUCUUCAA